UUAGAUGGAAAACUCGAAAAGACAGCUUUACCCCGAAACCAAAAUCAAAAAGAUUAUAAAUACAUAUCGUAAAACCCUAAACUGAAAAAUAUCUUCAAGCAGCUGUUGCCUCUCUGCCUUCACUCUUAAACCUAGCAGUCUCUCUUCUCAAAUUCGCCAUGGGUAAAAAAUCCGCCACCAAGGUUGAAGCAGCACCUGCUGCCAUUAAGGCCACCAAGCCUUUGAAGAAAGGUAAGAGAGAUCCUGAGGAUGAUUUGGACACCAAAGUGAACCUAAAGAAGCAGAAGAAAGAUGUGAUUGCUGCUGUUCAGAAGGAGAAAGCUGAGAAGAAGGUGCCUAAAAAAGUUGAGAGCUCUGAUUCAUCUGACUCUUCUGAUAUCGAGGAAGAAGUCAAGGAACCCGCACCUAAGAAGGCCGUUGCUUCUACUAACGGAACUGUUGCAAAGGAUGACUCAUCCUCUGAGGAAGAAUCUUCAGACGAGGAAGAAGUUGCAGCUACCAAGAAACCUGCUGCAGUUGCUAAAAAUGGCUCAGUGAAAGCUAAGGCAGAGUCCUCGUCUGAGGACGACUCUUCUGAUGAAUCAGAUGAUGAAUCUGAGAAACCUGCUGCUAAGAAGGCAGCUCCUGCUACUACCAAGGCUGCCAGCAGUGCUGAUUCAUCCGAGGAAGAUUCUGAUGAGGAAAGUGAAGAUGAAAAACCUGCACCUAAAAAGGAUAGCAGUAGUGAUGAUUCUGAUUCUGAUGAAUCAGAGAGUGAAGAUGAGAAAGAAACCCCGAAGAAAAAGAACUCUGAUGCUGAAAUGGUGGAUGCUGAGCAGAAACAGCUUAAGACCCCAUCGACUCCUGCUACAGGAGGAUCGAAGACACUCUUUGUUGCCAAUCUAUCAUUCAAUGUUGAAAGAUCAGAUGUUGAGAAUUUCUUCAAAGAUGUUGGCGAUGUUGUUGAUGUCAGAUUUGCCAUGUCAAAAGACGAUGGCAGGUUCAGAGGCUUUGGCCAUGUUGAGUUUGCUACUGCUGAACAAGCACAGAAGGCACUGGAACUUCACGGCACAUCCAUGCUUGGUCGUGAUAUUCGUCUUGAUGUUGCUCAAGAGAGGGGAGAGAGACCCGCAUACACUCCACAGAGCGGUGCCGGUGGUAACUUCAGAAGCAGUGGUGGUGGAGGUCAAUCGAUUUUUGUUAAGGGAUUCGACUCUUCUCUUCCUGAAGAAGACAUCAAGAGCGCAUUGAGUGCGCAUUUUGCUUCAUGUGGAGACAUCACGAGGGUUUCUGUUCCCUGUGACCGUGAAACCGGAGCUUCCAAAGGAAUUGCUUACCUUGAUUUUAAAGACGGCACAGACAAGGCGUUUGAGCUUAAUGGUAGUGACAUGGGAGGAUGGAGUAUUGUUGUUGAUCAACCGAGGGAGAAGAGUAGUGGCGGAUUCGGUGGUGGCGGAAGGAGCGGUGGUGGUCGUUUUGGUAGUGGAAGGAGCGGUGGUGGUAGAGGAAGAGAUAGUGGCCGUGGUCGUUUUGGUGGUGGAAGGGGCGGUGGCAGAGGAAGAGAUGGUGGCCGUGGAUUCAACAGACCUAGUUUCUCAGGUAAGAAGACCACCUUUAACGACGAGUAGAAGCUUAUAUGUAGAAGAAAAUGCUCUUCUUAUGUUUUUAACUUAUGAUACUUCACUUCCUUUCUCUAUUGUUUCAGUUUUGUUUCUGUUCUAGUUAUGUUUUUGUCCGAACCUUCAAUUUUUGUUUGAGUGUUAAAUCAAGCUCAAUCUUGAGUUCUUUUGGUGUUA